GUCGAGCUCCCGGGCUCCAGCCAGGGCAGGCAGCAUCAGCAUGAGAAAGGCAUGAAUGGCCCCUCAGCCUCCCCGCUCCAUGGCUGCGCCCCACCUUUGCAGGGGCCCAGCAGCGUCCUGGAAUGGGGCCCGCGCUGGCCGAGAGGGGGGCUGUCCUCCUCCCCAGCCCAGGGGCGGCGGCGGCGGGGACUCCUUGGCCCUCGCCCUGCCCCAAGACCAGGAAGGGGCUCCCGAGGCAGAUGCCCGCAGCGAGGGCCCCGCGGAGGAGCUGGAGGCGGCGGAGCCGGGCAGCAGCAGCCGCCGCCGCCGCAGCGGGGCCCGGAGUAGGGAGAAGAAGAAGCGCUACCACCGGCACGCCAAGCCGCCCUACAGCUACCUGGCCAUGAUCGCGCUGGUCAUCCAGAACUCCCCGCAGAAGAGGCUGAAGCUGUCGCAGAUCAUCAAGGAAGUCAGUGCCUGCUUCCCUUUCUUCCAGGAGGGCUACCAAGGCUGGAAGGACUCCAUCCGCCACAACCUCUCCGCCAACGACUGCUUCCACAAGGUGCUGAAGGACCCCACCAAGCCCAAGGCCAAGGGCAAUUUCUGGACCGUCGAUGUCGACCGCAUUCCCCCCGAGGCCCUCAAGUUGCAAAACACACCCGUUUCCCGCCAGGGGGAGACGACGUUUGCCUUUGAUCUCACCCCGUAUGUGUACCACGGCUGGCCUCUCGGCAGCUUGUGGCCUCCUGAGAACCUCACGGCCUCCGAGGGGAGAAGCCUGUGCCUGAGUGGGGAAGAAGGAGCCCCACAGAGCAGCAGCUUCCACAUCGACUCCUUGCUUAGCACCCAGGAUGUGGGUUUGGGUGGGAAGCCCAGGGUGGGGGCUGAGGCCACGCAGGGCCCUGCAGCUGGCCUGGAUGUCUGGGGUCCCGUCCCCAUCUACUGUGUCUCCUCAGGGGGCCCCUCUCGUCCCUGGCGCCCCUCGUACCACCUGCCAGUUCUCCCGCCCUUCUGUUCCUCCCCCUCCUCCUCCUCCUCCUCAUGCAGCAGCCUCUCUUCCCUGGGCCCCCUCUUCUUCAAUGAAGGGGGGGCAGCAGGGCAGAGGCCUAAGGAAGACCAUGACCCCCCCAUGCAGGCCAAGCGCCCCAGAGCUCUCCAGGCCCCUGAGAGCAGCGACCCGGCCUCUGGGGGCUGCACACCACCCCCACUGCCACAGCUCCCCACCUCCUACACCAAGUGUGUGGCCCCCAAUGUGGUCAUUCCGCCCAGCCACUCGCCCGCCUUCUCCCCCCUCCCUGCUGUCCCCGGCCUGCCCUUCUAUCGCCCCACCCCCUAUGGGAGCCCCAUGCACUGGGAACUGCUCCCGGGGCCUUCCAUGGGGCCCCUCCUCCCCUCCUCGCAGCUCUCCCUAGACCUGGACCAAACCAUGCCUCCCAACAAGUCCGUGCACGACAUCUCUAGGGCCACAGCAUCAUCUCUGUGGCCCCAGCCCUCAAGAGGUGCUGCCUCCAGCCUUUGACAGGCCUAGAACUUUCCCCAGGAGUGCAGUGCUCUCCCACUUCAACCAGUCCUAAAGGUGCUGUCUCCAUCAGGGCAACAGCCCGUCUCUUGCUGUAGGCUCAGCGGGGUGGGGGCUGUGCUUUGGGGCCAGAGAGGAGCCCCCCAAACCUCUGACUCCACAAAUCCUUCCAUGCGGUGCCAGAACCCCCUUCAGCCUCCCCAAAGUCCCACCAGGCAAGGCUCCUGUAGCUGCAAACCUGCCCAAACGGCCUCCUUUGACUCUGUCUUGGAGGGAUGCCCAAGGCAACGGCUUGUCUAUAUCCCCAGGGAAUCCAUCCUGCCCAGACCUGUCUUCCCACUGGACAGAAUCCCCCGUGGCAGCUCCAUGGCUGGAAUCUCUCAGCGCCGGGUUCUGAGAAGCCCAUGGGGUGAGCAAAGAGCCCAUGGGGUCAGCCCCUUCCGGUCCCCUUCCAGCCAUGGCCUGCUUUGGGAAAUGGGCCCAUUUAGCUCAGAGGUUUUCCUGCCAUGGAUUUGGGCAACCAAGGGGUGGUAUUUUGCCAGGGACGCAGCAGUGGUCUCUGAAAAGCAUGAGUGUUUGGGAGAGGGGAAGAAGGCGUCUUUUUCUUGCAGGUGUGCUUCCACCUAAUAUGGGAGACGCCUCUGCCUCAUUCAGGGGGCAGCUAAACCAACGCAAGCUACAUACAGUCAACGCCAAUAUGUCUCUCUUGGCUUCUUCUCUUUGCCUGGUCCUGAUUCUGAGGAGUAGCCCAAACAGAGAACAGGUACUUCUAAGCGGAACUGAGCCCAGCCGCAUUGAGGCAGCAGACCCAGAGGAAAGGCUGCCCCUCCUGGACUGGGGGAGAUGGGGGGGCGUGAGAGAGAGAAAGGGGAAGAAAGAGGAAAAGGAAGAAAGGGAAAGAGGGAGGCAGAAAGAAAGGGGCGGCAGAACACCUUACCUACUUCCCUUUUUUUUUCAUGUUUAAAUUUUUAUUGAUUUUAACAGUAUCUAAACAUUCACAUCACAUUAAACAAAUAUUGACUUCCCGCUCA